CGUAUGCAAGGGAUGGGGCGUGCCAACUGAUAAAUAAACGUGGUUAUGAGUUUGUAUCAGUUCAUCUAAAAUACCACGCGAACUCUAGUCUUACUCAUAAUAUGGGUAUAGCCUACGAGUCUAUAUGCCUACCUGGUGCGACAGUGGAUUCCGGAUUCGAUAAAAUUAAUGAAUUGCAAGCUGCUGAAGUUUUGCUAUCACUGGCCAAAGGUUCAUGCUCGAACUGGUCAAUAUUUCCACAAAAUAAAUCAUCAGUAACCCAAAAUUUUUAUUGUUCCGAAUAUCAUCGAAAUAUGUUUAAAGAGUCAGUUAUACAAAAAACAGAAGAAAAUGAACCAAGGAGUAAAUCUCAAUCCUACUUAACAUCAUUAGAUAGAAAUUUACAUCGGAAUAUAAAAUUUAAACUUCAUCGGAUUAAAUCUUUAACUAAUAAGGAAUCACAAUCAUCAAUUAAUUUCGAUAAAUUGCAAAAAGUUCCGGAAACUAUUCCUCAUCAAAAUGUCAGUUCAUUUAGCCCUAUCAUGAAUACACCUAAUUUACAAAUAUCAAAUCCUUCUUUAGAAACAUCAAGCAAUGAACAGGUAUCUUUUUACAAUAAACAAUCUUCUUUGAAUAAUUUAAACACUAAUUGGUCAAAUAAUCUACCUAUUAACACUGGUGAAUCUCACCUUCUAACUAAGUCAUUUCAACAAAUCGAUGAAAAUUCUUCUGAUUCUAAGCAUAUUCCAUUGACUAAUCAAACAAAUCAAUGUACUACUGAUCAACAAUCUGAUAACCGAGUUACUUUUACUCUUUGGAAUGAUUGUGAACUUUCUUCUACAGCUUCUAAUUCUUUCAACUGUGAAAAUGAUAAUCACAAAAGUGUUGAACAACAAUACAUUUUGGAUCGAUUACUUCAUACCAACUCUGAUCUUACAACAUUACUGCAUUCAUCAUUAUCGUCAUCAACGACAACAAAUGAUACAUUUCGAUCAUCUAAUUCAGAUUCACAGCUUUUACGGUAUGAUUUAAAUGAUUUUCCUCAGUGUACACUAACUUAUUAUUAUGAUCAAAUGGUUGGUAGACAACCUAUCGAUGAAACAAUAACAUCAAGAAACCGUGACAGUUAUUUAUCAGUUAUUUCCAGCCCACCAUGUACUGAACAAUAUUGUACUAAUGUGAACCAAAAUUUCACUCCAACUGUAAUUAAUGAUAAUACAUCGAGUAUCAAAUUACAAAAUACAACAACUGAUUUAAUAUUUUCAAAUGUGAACUGUUCAACUGUUUCAUAUUGUACUAUGAUGACAUCACCCAUUACUAAUACUAAUAAUACAAUCAUUACCAAUCUUACUGCCCCAGUGAGUAGUAAUACUAGUAAUCCUAAUAAUAAUAAUAAUGGCUCAGAAAGAGUGAAAUCUUAUCGAUGCAACUUUGAUGGUUGCACAAAAGCUUAUUUCAAAAGUUCUCAUCUUAAAGCUCAUAUCCGUGUUCAUACAGGUGAAAAACCAUAUAUUUGUGAUUGGAAUCAUUGUAAUCGAAAAUUUGCACGUUCCGAUGAAUUAUCCCGUCAUCGUAGAGCACAUACAGGUGAACGUAAUUUUAUUUGUCAACGUUGUCCACGACGAUUUACACGUAGUGAUCAUCUUAGUAAACAUUUACGGCGACAUAAUUCUCCAAUGACAUUAAAAUAAAUUUUUAAAUAAGAAGUUAAAUAAACUACUGACAAAUCAAUUUAUAUAUAUAUAUAUACAUAUUUGAUGAUCUUAUAGUUAAGUUUUUAGAAAUCUCUAUUGAACUCUUUCUCUUCUAUUUCUUAUUUCUUAAUUAGGCAUAAAUUUAUAUAUCAUAUUGCAUUAUAUUGUCUAUUACAGAUUAUUCAGAGAUAAUAUUAUUUAUCAUUUGUUUUAAACAGAAUACGUCAAUUCAUUUAAUAUUGUAUACAGUUUACCGAUAUGUACUUUUGUUUCUUGUUCUUGUUAUAUAUCCUUCUUGUUUUUAAGUAUGGGGAGGGUUGCAACAAAGAAAACAACUCUAUAUAUGUAUGUAGAAAUAUGUUUUCUUGUGUAUAUCUUAAAAUUCAUGAAAACUUUUCAUUUUAUAAUCGAAUUUAUUACCAAUUCUGAAAUGAACUCAUAUGGAUCAUAGAAAAGACUUACGUUGUUUUGUUUUUGUUUGAUUUCGUUUCCUUUUUUUUGUAUCCAUGUGUACGCCUUUGUACGAUUUCAUCAUAAUUUUAUCUUAUAUUAAUUUGUAUAUCGAAAUUAAACGGUCACAUACUAUACUGCUUUCAAAAUAUAUUUGUAUUUUCCAAUGAUAAAUCAAAGAUUAUGAAGCUGAUUACUAUUAUUAUUAUUUUCCUAUUUUUGUUACUGCUACUAUUACUACCAGUAAUAGGUUACAUACUUUUCACCAGAUAUUUUUCUUUCUACGUUGUACCUUUUGUCGUGAGUUGCUACCAUUAUUCAGCUUAACUUAUUCAGUAUAUGUCAGAAAAAAGUUUUUAUUUACUAAUUAGGUUCAUACUCAUUGAACAGUGAUACUUAUGUAUUUCUUAUUUCCUCUCUUUAAUUCUUAAUUUUUGAUUGUUUUGAAAUAUAAAAAGAAUUGCGACAUAAUAUGAAUGAGGUAAAUUCAUUAUUAAAAUAUAAACCAGAGUGAAGUUAACUGUUUUAA